AUGGCUUUGAAUCCAUUUUUCCCGCACCGAUGCGGUCGUAACUAUUGGGAUGUCUGGGAUUGGCCGCAGUCUAUCUUCGGACAGCACUUCGGCCAGGAUUUGCUCGACUUCGAUGACUGGCCGCUAUCCCGAAGAGUUGGUGGAAGUCGUGGACAACAGUUGGCCCGACAGAGCGGUGAAUCGCAGGUUUCCAACACCUCUGACCAGUUCUCCGUACGACUCGAUUGCAGUCACUUUAAGCCCGAAGAGAUCGAAGUGAAAACUAUCGGCAAUUCUGUCUCAGUUCGCGGCAAACAUGAAGAGAGAAGUGAUAGUCACGGAUGGAUUGAACGCGAGUUUACCCGUCGAUACGCUCUGCCCGAGGGAUGCGAUGCCGAGACUGUUGUCUCACAUUUGGACUCAAAGGGUGUCCUCAAAGUGGAGGCACCGAAGAAACCGUUGCCACAAAUCAAAGACAACGAACGCGUGGUUCCCAUCGCUAUCUCUUCGGAUGCGAAAUAA